CAUGCUAUUCCCGGCUGGCGCUAUAUAAGGCAGGCCGCCGCACACACACGCGCCCGCCGCCCGCCACGAGGUUAUUUAAACCGAGCGCCGCCCGACCAGAAGGCAGUCACGGGUCGAACUUGGUUAGAGCAUUAGGUAUACUUCGACACAAUGGCGGAUAAAGAGAAGAAGGUAAAGAAGAAGAAGAAGGAAGACGCGCCCGCGGACGCGCCUGCUGCCGCCCCCGCCGCCGAAACGAGAACCUCCAGCAAGGGCUCGUCGAAGAGCUCGUCGAAGAAGGCGAAGCGCUCCGGCUCCAAUGUGUUCUCCAUGUUCUCCCAGACUCAGGUGGCCGAAUUCAAGGAAGGCUUCCAGCUGAUGGACCACGACAAGGAUGGCAUCAUCAGCAAGAGCGACCUGCGCGCCACCUUUGACACCGUCGGUAAACUAUCGAACGAAAAGGAGCUGGACGAGAUGGUUAAUGAGGCUUCCGGUCCCAUCAACUUCACCCAGCUGCUGUCGCUCUUCGGCAACCGCAUGGCUGACUCCGGUGGCUCCGAUGACGACACUGUUGUCAUUGAUGCCUUCAAGACCUUCGAUAAGGACGGCACCAUCGAUUCUGAAACCUUCCGUCAUGCCCUGAUGACCUGGGGCGACAAAUUCACCGCCAAGGAAGUGGACGACGCGUUCGACGCCAUGGAGAUCGAUGACAACGGCAAGAUUGACACCGCCGCGCUCAUCACCAUGCUCACCGGCGCCGAGGAAGAGGAGGGCGGCGAGGCUGCAUAAGAAUGCGUUAUCUAAUAAAUCAAUAAUCAUCAAAUUGUUAUGUCAGACAAGAAAAUCCAAAACAAUUCUUCAACUAUCAUUCUUCAUCCUAUUAUAACAGUUAUUGUUGUAAUACCAAAAAAAAAACCAACAACAACACACUCAUCGUUAUUUUUAUUGCGCCGCGUAGCGCGCAUGCGCAAUAAACUCAUCCACACCAAAUAUUAAACAGAAGCGAAUAACAACUCGGCUGUAUUUUACCAACGCAGCGAAAACACAAGAAGAGCGACUCUGUCGUUGCCAAACGGAAGCCAUGUCCGACACCCGGUGACACGUGUAGGCGCAGCACCAGCGACAUCUAGCAACAUCAUGCCGGCCUACCAAGUGUGCGACCACACUUGCGUUUGUAACCAAUUAAUUGUUAUUUAUAAAAAUAGAAAGAUACGUUUAUUAAAAAUAUUAUAAGAACUACGUACAUCAAUAUAUUUAACUUACAUCAUC